AUGGAUUUUUCGUUAAAAUAUCCAGAAAUUGGUGAUGAAUUUGACCCAAGGUAUCAUGUUUUAAUUCCAUCAAAACAGGAUGUUCAAGACCGUAGUGAUAACCCUCAUUGGAAUUCAUAUGAAGAAAUAUUUCGUGACAACUUUCCUGUGAGAAAAUUUGAAGUUCAAGAAAUUCCAGGAAAGGGAAGAGGAUUAAUUUGUACUGAUAAAAUUUAUCAAGGAGAAAUGGUUUUCAAGGAGAAGGCUUCAGUAUUUUAUGAAGGUCCAGAAGAAGAUGAUGACAUGAAGGACUCAACAUAUUAUAUGGUUAAAAGUAUUUAUUUUGGAACAGCGUUUUGUACUGUCCCAUUAGCAAUCCAACUUGGGCAAAAUCCUGAUCGAGUAGAAGAAUUUAAUGAACAUGUUGAUUUUAUUUAUCAAGAUUUGUUAAAAGAUGACCUUCUUGAAUAUCCAGUUAAACGUGAGGAUAUAGCUAAAAUUGUUAAUGGAAUUCAUACAAAUUCUUUUGCAUUAGAUUUUCUUGAUGGAUAUGCAUUAUUUAUGGCAUGUAGUUUAUGUAAUCAUUCAUGUAGAGAAAAUAUGGGGUGGCACACUGUUGGAGAUACAAUGUAUUGGACUGCAUUACAAGAUAUUGAAAUUGGGACUGAAUUAACAAUCUCUUAUACCUUUCCUUCUAUUCUUCCUCAUAGAUUAAAAUAUUUUAAAGAGAAUUACGGAUUUUUUUGUGACUGUCCACUUUGUAGUGGACCAAGUGAUCCAUGGAGAGCAUUUAAAUGUAAUUGUGGAGGAAGAAUUUAUCAAGAGCCUAAUGGAUGGAUUUGUCAUCAAUGUCAUAAAAUAUGUACCCAAGAAGAAAUUAAUGAGUUUAUUAAUGAAGAGACAGCUUUCAAGAAAUUAAAAAAGUCAAAGAGGAUUCAACAUUUCUAUAAUAAAACAAGAAAAAUGGAUAAUUCACACAUUUAUAUGUUUAAAACAUUAAGAAGUUUUGUCUUUGAUGAGAAAUGUCCAAACCCAUUGAUAUUAUUUGAAGAUUGUCUUGUUCCAAUUGCAAAAUAUCAAAGUUCAUUAUGUCAUAGCAGAUUAUAUUCUGCAAUUCUUGAACAGUUUGGGGUUGCUCUAUUAAAAUAUGCGAAAAAAUAUCCUUUUCAAAGCCAAUUCUGCCAGGACAAAGCCAAGAAAAUGUUUAAAACAGCAUAUGAUUAUCGUUGUUCAUUAGGUAUGGGAAUUACUGGGUAUGCAGCACAAGAAUAUAUUGAAUGUCUUGAAUUGUUUGAUGAACAUAAAUUAGAAAAAUAUACUGAAUAUGUUGAGUAUUAA